AGCAUGGUCUUAGUGUGUUAGCAUAUUUGCAAACGGCAAUGAGAUCUAUGUGUAUAGAUUACAUUCCAUCUCCUGAGAUCAGCUUUUUGAAGGCAAUUGGAGGAAGAGUUAACAAAGCCAGGAUGAAGCUCAUCUUUGUAUUCUUGGAUUCAAAUGCAGUUGAACCCACAACCAAUCAAACAUACGGUUCUUUAUUGCUGAAUCUUGCGGCAAUCAAGGCAUUUGCAUCUGGGAUUCUAGUUCCCAAGGGAUACAUAUGGCCUGUUAAUCCAAACAAAUACCUGGGGCCUUCUACAACUCUUGUGGGUGAUGCUCACAAGCUUGGGCUUGAAGUACAUGCUUCUGGUUUUGCGAAUGAUAUGCCAGCAAGUUACAAUUAUAGUUAUGAUCCAACAACAGUGUACCUGCAGUUCAUGGACAAUUCCCAGUUUUCUGUUGAUGUUGUGAUUACAGCUUUCCCAAUGACAGCAGCGGAAACCAUUGGAAAAGUUUUGAUCAUAUCUCACAAUGGCGCAAAUGGGAUCUAUCCUGGAUGCACUGAUCUUGCGUACGAGCAAGCGGUAAAUGAUGGAGCUGAUGUCAUAGAUUGCACGGUUCAAAUGUCCAAAGAUGGAGUAGCCUUCUGUUUGGAUUCACCGGAUCUUAUCGGGGAUACUAACGCAGUUAUGACCUUCAUGUCUCAUUCUUCCAGUGUCCCCGAAAUUCAGAAGGAAAAUGGAAUCUUUUCAUUUGAUCUUACAUGGAGCGAGAUCCAAACCUUGAAGCCUCAAAUUAUAAGCCCCUUCGGACAGAAUGCUGGUUAUCAAAGCCCAGAACCAGGAUAAAUUCACGACCCUCACGAAUUUUUUGGAGUUUGCGAAGGCAAAAGCUGUUACAGGAAUUCUAAUCAAAAUAGAGGCAAGCAUGUCCUUCCCAUUUAAUCAUUUACCCUUCUCGAGAAUCUUACAAAUGUAGGUUUCUUAGUACAGUCUUUCAAAAUCCUAAUGGUUAUUCAUCUUUCUCAGAAUGCUGCUUACCUAGCAU